AUGGCAGAAAAGCAAAAUAAGAAAAGAGUUUUUCUGCCUGUGAGCAAAAAAAUUAAAAUUGUGGAAGAGUUAGAGCAAGGAGUGUCGAUGCAAACAUUGUGCAAUAAAUAUGCAGUUUCGCGAGACGUUAUCUAUCGGAUUCGUCGAGAAUGUGGACAGCUGAAACAUUUCGCAAUUCGGAGAGGGCAUCAUAAAAAUCGCAGGACGUCUUCAAACGAAGACUUAGAAAACAGAUUAUAUACGUGGUUUCUGGAACAACGUGCAAUGGGAAAUCCGCUAACGGAUUUGCUGUUACAAGAAAAGGCGAACGAAUUGUUCCAGGAGCACGGAUCCACGUCCGUUGCCGGAAGCAGGGGCUGGUUGCAUAACUUCAAGAAUCGGUAUGAAAUUAGACUGGUAUGGGCACAUGACGAGCAAGCAAGUGCCGAUAGUGAAAGUGCACAACAAUUUACAGAAAACUUUGCGAAGCAAGUGAAGGAAGAUAAUAUUGACUUGUGCACGAUAUAUAACAUGGACGAAACGGGGCUGCUAUGGAAGGCAGUUCCAUCAAAGAGUUUGGUGUGUUCUGAGGAAGGAAAAUUGGCAGGAAAAAAGCUGAAGAAAGAUAGAGUGUCCAUUGGAUUUGUCAGGCAAUAUCAGUUGGAAAAUGGAGUAGUAGGAAAAGUGAUAUUACUCGUUGACAAUUGCUCCAGUCACAAAGACAGGGAACCAGAGGAAUUGUUCGAAGUUUUGUACCUACCUCCAAAUACUACAUCUCUCAUUCAGCCAAUGGACCAGGGUGUUAUUGCAAAGUUCAAGACAUUGUACCGACACCAAAUUCUACGUCGUAUUUUGCAAUACGAAAAGAGAAUGGAAGAAUUUUACAAAUCAUUUAAUAUAAAAGACUGUAUAGAUCUAGUCAACAAAUCCUGGAUGGAUAUUACCGCAACAAAUAUAUACAAUAGCUGGAGCAAAAUUCUACCAAGAGAUAACAAGGACGAGGAUGAAACAAAUCCAGAUACUUUAAAUAUUUCUAUUCACUCUUCUGCAACAAUAAUGAUGGGGCAAACAAUAAAGAAAAUUUUAGAGAACGAACCGCCACAAAUAAAGGACGACUAA